AUUUAAAUUUCCUCAUUACCUGUGGACGUAGUCGGUCUGAUCACCUAGUCCUGAGCGAGCGUGUGAGUGAUCUCACAGAGUGCUUCAUCAGCAGAUCAGGGAAUGUAGACAGCCGCUAUGGAGUCCCUAGUGCUGGACUUUAAUUCAGCAUGGUGUGCUAAGGAGCCUAACACACUCAGUGACGCCAACAUGCUCAGUAACACCAGCACGCUCAGUAACACCAACACGCUCAAUAUCACCAACACGCUCAGUAUCACCAACACGCCAACACGCUCAGUAACACCAACACACUCAAUAUCACCAACACGCUCAGUAACACCAACACACUCAAUAUCACCAACACGCUCAGUAACACCAACACGCUCAGUAUCACCAACAUGCUCAGUAACACCAACACGCUCAGUAUCACCAACACGCUCAGUAACACCAACACGCUCAGUAUCACCAACACGCUCAAUAUCACCAACACGCUCAGUAUCACCAACACGCUCAGUAACACCAACACGCUCAGUAUCACCAACACGCUCAGUAACACCAACACGCUCAGUAUCACCAACACGCUCAAUAUCACCAACACGCUCAGUAUCACCAACACGCUCAGUAACACCAACACGCUCAGUAUCACCAACACGCUCAGUAACACCAACACGCUCAGGAUCACCAACACGCUCAGUAACACCAACACGCUCAAUAUCACCAAUACGCCAACACGCUCAAUAUCACCAACACGCCAACACGCUCAGUAUCACCAACACGCUCAAUAUCACCAACACGCCAACACGCUCAGUAUCACCAACACGCUCAGUAACACCAACAUGCGCUCAGUAUCACCAACACGCUCAAUAUCACCAACACGCCAACACGCUCAGUAUCACCAACACGCUCAGUAACACCAACAUGCGCUCAGUAUCACCAACACACUCAAUAUCACCAACACGCUCAAUAUCACCAACACGCUCAGUAUCACCAACACGCUCAGUAACACCAACACGCUCAGUAUCACCAACACGCUCAGUAUCACCAACACGCUCAAUAUCACCAGCACGCUCAAUAUCACCAACACGCUCAGUAACACCAACACGCUCAGUAUCACCAACACGCUCAAUAUCACCAACACGCUCAGUAUCACCAACACGCUCAGUAACACCAACACGCUCAGUAUCACCAACACGCUCAGUAACACCAACACGCUCAGUAUCACCAACACGCUCAAUAUCACCAACACGCUCAGUAUCACCAACACGCUCAGUAACACCAACACGCUCAGUAUCACCAACACGCUCAGUAACACCAACACGCUCAGGAUCACCAACACGCUCAGUAACACCAACACGCUCAAUAUCACCAAUACGCCAACACGCUCAAUAUCACCAACACGCCAACACGCUCAGUAUCACCAACACGCUCAAUAUCACCAACACGCCAACACGCUCAGUAUCACCAACACGCUCAGUAACACCAACAUGCGCUCAGUAUCACCAACACGCUCAAUAUCACCAACACGCCAACACGCUCAGUAUCACCAACACGCUCAGUAACACCAACAUUAUCACCAACACGCUCAGUAACACCAACACGCUCAGUAUCACCAACACGCUCAGUAUCACCAACACGCUCAAUAUCACCAACACGCUCAGUAUCACCAACACGCUCAAUAUCACCAACACGCUCAAUAUCACGAACACGCUCAAUAUCACCAGCAUGCUCAGUAUCAUCAACACGUUCAGUCAGGGUUAG